AUGGCCAGUUGUCUCGAUUUCGCAGAAAAGAACCGCCAGGUGUUCGAAAAACAGUCUCGUACCUACCAGUCUGAUUUCGUAAAAGUGGUGGAAACGCUGGUCAACGUCGCCCAAAGCCAGCGCACCUGGGUUAGCGAUGUUUGGACCGAUACCGAGGCAGGAAAGGGCAAGGACCUCAAGAUGUUAGAGUAUGCUUGUGGCCCUGGGCAUAUAUCACUGGCGUUGGCACCGUUUGUGAGCAGUGUUGUCGGCAUAGACAUCUCUGACGGCAUGAUCGACGAGUUCAAUAAGAACGUGCACGAAGCGGGUCGUUCGGAAACCAUGACUGGGAUCAAGGCUAACCUGCUCGGGGACUCAGCACCUGCUGAGGUUUCUGGCCCUGCGUACUUUGACUUCGAUAUCGUGGUUGUCAGCAUGGCCCUUCAUCACUUCGAACAUCCUGAGAAAGCUCUGAAAUGUCUCGGAGAAAGGCUGAAGAAGGGUGGAGUAAUGAUGAUCAUGGACCUCAUCCCGAUGCAGCAUCAUGACCAUGGAUUGCACCAAAUAGACGAAGUUGUCCAUACUAUCUCGAAGCACGGGUUCAGCGCCGAGGAGAUGCAGAGGAUGUAUGAAGAUGCAGGUGCGGGCAAUGGCUUCAAGUAUCAAGUCAUUGAAGAGCCGCUGGAGUUCACUAAAGACGGGAACAAGUUUUAUAAGACCAUUUUUGUGGCUCGAGGUCAGAAGUGA